CUUCUUCUUCUUCAGUCAGUCAAUCCCAUCUCUCAAUAACACAAUGAUCCAAGUGUGUUCAUCCAUAUCUUCAAACAGCUUUGAAGACAACCCAGAUUUCUGAAUGGGGAAUUACAGGUUCAAGUUAUCAGAUAUGAUCCCCAAUGCCUGGUUUUACAAGCUCAAGGACAUGGGCAGACCCAGAAACACUCAUCUUUCCAAGGAAAGAACACAGCAACCGCCGUCAAAAUCGAAGCAGCAGCAACAACCCCACGAUCUUAAUCCCAGAAAUUCUUAUUAUAUCUCCAGGGAGCUUGUUCCCGUCGAUGGACUCUACCCUCCGUCCACAGUGAUUUCUUCCUCCGUUUCAACCGGUUGUAGCUGCCGUGAGACGGUGUGGAAAAAUCGACGAGAUGCCCGAGGUCGAACUCCCUCCGAUCGUAACGAAACGGCUAAGUUCAACCACUUGAUAAAGGACAUCAAGAAGAAACACAACAACAAAGACAGAAACACUUGUCCUGUAAAGAAAUCCAGUGUCAGUUCUUCUGGUGUCAGGCUUCGAACACAUUCUCCGAGAAUCGGGAACAGGAGAUUAAACCAGGGCCAUGGUCGGAAUCUAAUCCAAUUAAGUUUAUAUUUAAUCAAAACUUAUCUCGGGUAA